AUGAUGGAUUUUCUUAUUAUUUUUCUUUUAUCUUUUAUUGGAACUUCAGAGACACAGGUUGAUGUUUCCAAUGCUAUUCCUGGGACACGGUAUGAGGUAACUAUCUCUCCAAUUUCUGCUACAACAUAUAGCUCACCUGUUAGGACAGUGGCAACAAAUAUAACAAAGCCAGGGCCUCCAGUCUUCCUAGCAGGAGAAAGAGUUGGAUCUGCUGGGAUUCUUCUUUCUUGGAACACACCGCCAAACCCGAAUGGAAGGAUUCUGUCUUACAUUGUUAAAUAUAAAGAAGUGUGUCCAUGGAUGCAGACAAUAUACACACAAGUGAGAGCAAAACCAGACAGUCUGGAAGUUCUUCUCACCAAUCUUAAUCCUGGAACCACCUAUGAAAUUAAGGUUGCUGCUGAAAACAGCGCUGGCAUUGGAGUUUUCAGUGACCCAUUUCUUUUCCAAACUGCAGAAAGUGCUCCAGGAAAAGUAGUCAAUCUCACAGUUGAGGCUUUUAACUAUUCAGCAGUCAACUUGAUUUGGUAUUUACCUCGGCAACCAAAUGGCAAAAUUACCAGCUUCAAGAUUAGUGUCAAACAUGCCAGAAGUGGGAUAGUAGUGAAAGAUGUCUCAAUCAGAGUGGAGGACAUUUUGACUGGGAAGUUGCCAGAAUGUAAUGAGAACAGUGAAUCAUUUCUAUGGAGUACCACCAGUCCUUCUCCAACACUUGCUAGAGUUACGCCUCCACUGAGAACCACAUACUCCCCAAACACACUGGCACGGAGUAAGAUCAGCUCUGUGUGGAAAGAGCCUAUAAGUUUUGUAGUAACACAUUUGAGACCUUACACCACGUAUCUUUUUGAAGUUUCGGCUGUUACCACGGAAGCAGGCUAUAUUGAUAGUACUAUUGUCAGAACACCAGAAUCAGUUCCAGAAGGACCACCACAAAAUUGUAUAACAGGCAACGUCACAGGAAAAUCCUUUACAAUUUCAUGGGACCCACCAAAUAUAGUGACGGGCAAGUUCAGUUAUAGAGUGGAAUUAUAUGGACCGUCAGGUCAGAUUUUGGAUAAUAGCACAAAAGAUCUUAAAUUUGCAUUCACCAACCUAACACCAUUUACAAUGUAUGAUGUUUAUGUUGGGGCAGAAACCAGUGCAGGAAUUGGACCCAAGUCAAAUCUUUCUGUAUUUACUCCUCCAGAUGUUCCAGGAGCAGUAUUUGAUUUACAACUAGCAGAGGUAGAAGCCACAGAAAUAAGAAUUACUUGGAGAAAACCACGACAGCCAAAUGGAAUCAUUAACCAAUACCGAGUGACAGUGUUGGACUUAGAGACAGGAGUAAUCUUGGAAAACACUUUGCUCACAGAAAAAGAUGAGCACAUAAAUGACCCCAUGUCUCCAGAGAUGAUGAGCAUAGUAGAGCCAAUGAUCGGAUUUUAUGAGGGCUCAGCAGAGAUGUCUUCUGACCUGCAUUCCCUCGCUUCUUUUAUGUAUAACAAUCAUCCACACAACAUUCCUGUGAGGAAUAGAGCUGAAGACUACAGUUUACCUAUCGUAACAGCCAGGAAUCUGUACAUCACUGACAUUGCUGCUGAACAGCUGUCUUACGUUAUCAGGCAACUUGUACCUUUCACAGAGCACAUGAUUAGUGUAUCUGCUUUCACCAUCAUGGGAGAGGGACCACCAACGGUUCUCAAUGUUAGGACACGUGAGCAAGUGCCAAGCUCCAUUCAAAUUAUAAACUAUAAAAAUAUUAGUUCUUCAUCUAUUUUGUUAUAUUGGGAUCCUCCAGAAUAUCCCAAUGGAAAAAUAACUCAUUACACAAUUUAUGCUAUGGAACUGGAUACUCACAGAGCAUUCCAGAUGACGACUAUAGAUAACAGCUUUCUCAUAACAGGUUUAAAAAAAUACACAAGUUACAAAAUGAGAGUGUCUGCCUCAACCCAUGUUGGAGAAAGUCCUUUGUCUGAAGAGAAUGACAUCUUUAUCAAAACUCCAGAGGAUGAGCCAGAAUCAUCACCUGAGGAUGUUGAAGUAAUUGAAGUUUCCCCAAGUGAAAUGAAAUUACAAUGGUCACCACCUAAGAAGCCCAAUGGGAUUAUUAUUGCUUAUGAAGUACUUUAUGAAAAUAUAGACUCUUUGUUUACAAAGAAUACCUCAACAACAAACAUACUUUUACAGGACUUAAAACCCUACACCCUCUAUAACAUUUCUGUCAGGUCUUAUACCAAAGUUGGUCAUGGCAAUCACUCAUCAUCAUUACUCUCUGUAAGGACUUCUGAGACAGUGCCUGAUAGUGCACCAGAAAAUAUUACUUACAAGAACAUUUCUUCUGGAGAGAUUGAGAUAUCAUACCUUCCUCCAAGCAGUCCCAAUGGUGUCAUACAAAAAUAUACAAUUUAUCUCAAGAGAAGUAAUGGAAAUGAGGAAAGAACAAUAAAUACAACCUCUUUGACCCAGAACAUUAAAGGACUGAAGAAAUAUACCCAAUAUCUGAUUGAGGUAUCUGCUAGUACACUCAUAGGUGAAGGAGUUCGAAGUGUGCCAGUAAGCAUAUUGACUGAAGAAGAUGCCCCUGCUUCUCCUCCUCAAAACUUCUCUGUGAAACAGUUGUCUGGUGUCACUGUGAAGUUGUCAUGGCAACCGCCCAUGGAGCCAAAUGGAAUUAUCCUCUAUUACACAGUUUAUGUCUGGGAUAAAUCAUCAUUAAAAACUAUUAAUGUAACCGAAACAUCAUUAGAGUUUUCAGAUUUGGACUAUAAUGUUGACUACAGUGCCUAUGUAACAGGUAGCACCAGAUUUGGUGAUGGGGGAACAAGGAGCAGUAUCAUUACCUUCAGAACACCAGAGGGAGCACCCAGUGAUCCUCCCAAAGAUGUUCAUUAUGUAAAUCUCAGUUCCUCAUCAAUAAUUCUCUUUUGGACACCUCCUUCAAAACCAAAUGGAAUUAUACAGUAUUAUUCUGUUUACUAUAGAAAUAAUUCAGGAACUUUUAUGCAGAAUUUUACACUCCAUGAAGUAACCAAUGAAUUUGGCAAUAUGACCUCAUCUGCAAUAAUAGAUAAACUGGCAAUAUUCAGCCACUAUACUUUUUGGUUAACAGCAAGUACUUCGGUUGGAAAUGGAAAUAAAAGCAGUGAUAUAAUUCAAGUAUACACAGAUCAAGACAUACCUGAAGGAUUUGUGAGAAACCUGACUUAUGAGUCAAUUUCAUCAACUGCAAUAAAUGUAAGCUGGUCCCCACCACCUCUGCCAAACGGGCUAGUCUUCUACUAUGUUUCACUGCAUUUGCAGCAGACGCCUGGCCGUGUGGGAACGCUAGUUACAUAUGAAAACAGCAUGUAUUUUGGUAAUCUGGAAAAAUACAGUGAUUAUAUAUUUAAAAUCACUCCAUCAACAGAAAAAGGAUUCUCUGAUAACUACACUGCCCAGCUACACAUCAAAACUGAAGAAGAUGUCCCAGAAACUUCACCAGUCAUCAAUACUUUUAAAAAUCUGUCCUCUUCCUCAAUUCUCUUAUCCUGGGAUCCCCCACUCAAGCCAAAUGGUAUAAUAAUAAGUUACAAUUUGACUUUACAAGGACCACAUGGAAACUAUUCCUUUAUUACUGCUGAUGACUAUAUAAUACUGGAAGAGCUUUCACCAUUUACAUUAUAUAGCUUUUCUGCUGCUGCAAGAACUGUGAAAGGACUUGGUCCCUCCAGCUCUCUUUUCUUUUACACAGAUGAGUCAGUGCCCUUAGCACCUCCUCAAAAUUUGACCUUGAUCAACUAUACUUCAGAUUUGGUGUGGCUAAAAUGGAGCCCAAGCCCUCUUCCAGGCGGUAUUGUUAAAGUAUAUAGUUUUAAAAUUCAUGACCACGAAACUGAUACUAUAUUUUAUAAGAAUAUUUCAGGUUUUCAAACUCAAACCAAACUUGUUGGACUUGAACCAGUCAGCACCUACUCUGUCAGCGUGUCUGCAUUUACUAAAGUUGGAAAUGGGAAUCAAUUUAGUAAUGUAGUAAAAUUUACAACCCAAGAAUCAGUUCCAGAUGUGGUGCAGCAUGUUCAGUGUACGGCAAGUAACUGGCAAUCAAUUUUAGUGAAGUGGGAUCCACCCAAAAAAGCCAAUGGAAUAAUCACACACUAUACAAUAACUCUUGAAAGGAAUGCUACAAAGGUCUCUCCCCAAGAUCACAUGCAUACUUUCUUAAAACUUCUGGCUAAUACCUCAUAUGUCUUCAAAGUAAGAGCUUCAACCUCAGCUGGUGAAGGUAAUGAGAGUGCAUGCAACGUCAGCACACUUCCUGAAACAGUUCCCAGUGCACCCACAAACAUCGCUUUGUCCAAUGUUCAGUCGACUAGUGCAACACUGACAUGGAUGAGACCUGAUACUAUCCUUGGCUACUUCCAAAAUUACAAGAUAACCACUCAGCUUCGUGCUCAGAAAUGCAGCGAAUGGGAAUUUGAAGAUUGUGUUGAGAACCAAAACAUUCAAUACCUUUAUGAUGCUGACCUCACUGAAGAGACAGUGUAUGGACUGAAGAAGUUUAGAUGGUAUAGAUUCCAAGUGGCUGCCAGUACCAAUGCGGGCUACGGCAAUGCUUCCAACUGGAUUUCUACACAAACCCUGCCUGGACCUCCAGAUGGUCCUCCUGAAAAUGUGCAUGUAGUAGCAACAUCACCUUUUAGCAUCCAUAUCAACUGGAGUGAACCUGCUGUCAUUACUGGACCAACAUUCUACCUGAUUGAUGUCAAGUCGGUAGAUAAUGAUGACUUUAAUGUUUCCUUCAUAAAAUCAAAUGAAGAAAAUAAAACCAUAGAAAUUAAUGACUUACAAAUAUUCACACGGUAUUCUGUGGUGGUCACUGCAUUUACUGGCAAUGUCAGUGCUGCAUACGUGGAUGGAGAGUCAAGUGCUAAGGUCAUCGUUACUACUUUAGAGUCAGCCCCCAAGGAUCCACCUAACAACAUGACAUUUCAGAAGAUUCCCGAUGAAGUGACAAAAUUUCAGUUAACAUUUCUUCCUCCUUCUCAACCAAAUGGAAACAUCCGAGCAUACCAAGCGUUAGUGUACCGAGAAGAUGACCCCACUGCUGUCCAGAUUCACAACCUGAGCAUCAUCCAGACAACAGACACUUCCGUCAUUGCCAUGUUAGAAGGACUAAAAGGUGGACACACCUACAACAUCAGUGUUUAUGCAAUCAACAGUGCUGGCGCAGGGCCCAAAGUUCAGAUGAGAAUAACCAUGGAUAUUAAAGCUCCAGCCCGGCCCAAAACCAAACCAACCCCUAUAUAUGAUGCCACAGGAAAACUGCUUGUGACCUCAACAACGAUUACAAUCAGAAUGCCAAUAUGUUACUACAAUGAUGAUCAUGGACCAAUCAAAAACGUGCAAGUGCUUGUGGCAGAAACAGGAGCUCAGCAUGAUGGAAAUGUAACAAAGUGGUAUGAUGCAUAUUUUAACAAAGCAAGGCCAUAUUUUACAAAUGAAGGCUUCCCUAACCCUCCAUGUAUAGAAGGAAAGACCAAGUACAGUGGCAAUGAGGAAAUCUAUGUGAUAGGUGCUGAUAAUGCUUGCAUGAUUCCUGGCAAUGAAGAGAAAAUUUGCAAUGGACCUCUGAAGCCGAAAAAGCAGUAUUUAUUUAAAUUCAGAGCCACAAAUAUCAUGGGACAAUUUACUGACUCUGAUUACUCUGAGCCUGUUAAGACUUUAGGUGAAGGGCUUUCCGAAAGAACUGUUGAGAUCAUUCUUUCAGUCACUUUGUGCAUCCUUUCAAUAAUCCUUCUUGGAACGGCUAUUUUUGCAUUUGCAAGAAUUCGACAGAAGCAGAAAGAAGGUGGUACAUACUCUCCUAGGGAUGCAGAAAUUAUUGACACGAAAUUCAAGCUGGACCAGCUCAUCACUGUGGCAGACCUGGAACUGAAGGACGAGAGAUUAACGCGGUUGCUUAGUUAUAGAAAAUCCAUCAAACCAAUAAGCAAGAAGUCCUUCCUGCAACAUGUCGAAGAGCUGUGCACAAACAACAACCUAAAGUUUCAAGAAGAAUUUUCGGAAUUACCAAAAUUCCUUCAGGACCUUUCUUCCACUGAUGCUGAUCUCCCUUGGAAUAGAGCAAAAAACCGCUUUCCAAACAUAAAACCAUACAAUAAUAACCGCGUGAAGCUUAUAGCUGAUGCAACUAUUCCAGGAUCAGAUUACAUUAAUGCCAGCUAUGUUUCUGGCUACCUAUGUCCCAAUGAAUUUAUUGCCACUCAAGGCCCAUUGCCAGGAACAGUUGGAGAUUUUUGGAGAAUGGUGUGGGAAACCAGAGCAAAGACAUUAGUAAUGUUAACGCAGUGUUUUGAAAAAGGACGGAUCAGAUGCCAUCAGUACUGGCCGGAGGACAACAAACCUGUUACUGUCUUUGGUGAUAUAGUAAUCACAAAACUCAUGGAAGAUAUCCAGAUAGACUGGACCAUCAGGGAUUUGAAAAUUGAAAGGCAUGGGGACUUCAUGACUGUUCGGCAGUGUAACUUCACUGGUUGGCCUGAGCAUGGAGUUCCUGAAAAUAGUACCCCUCUAAUUCACUUUGUGAAGCUGGUUAGAGCAAGCAGAGCACAUGAUACCACACCAAUGAUCGUUCAUUGCAGCGCGGGAGUUGGAAGAACUGGGGUUUUUAUUGCUCUGGAUCACCUGACACAGCAUAUAAAUGACCAUGAUUUUGUGGAUAUAUAUGGACUAGUGGCUGAACUGAGAAGUGAGAGAAUGUGCAUGGUGCAGAACCUGGCACAAUAUAUUUUCUUGCACCAGUGCAUUCUGGAUCUCUUAUCCAAUAAAGGAAGUAACCAGCCCAUCUGCUUUGUCAACUACUCUGCACUUCAGAAGAUGGACUCUUUGGAUGCCAUGGAAGGUGAUGUUGAGCUUGAAUGGGAAGAAACCACCAUGUAAAUCAGACCAAAGAUUACAGCCAGAAGAUACUUUCAAAUCCCAGGGGC